AUCCGUAUCCCGUCGGCAACUGUUGGCUGUCAGACAAGUAUAGUUCAUGUGCUAGCUACACGAUUGUGCCGCAGAUUUCCAGACAAGCUAUGCUCAAGAAUAUGAUAUCGUGAGUUGACACGGACAGGCUGGGCGAGUUGGACCCUGCCCAGGCUGGUUGACAGCCCUACACUAUUCCUCAGGUGCUUCUAAAACGGUCUCCUUACGUCAUCAGUGCCUGGUGGUCGUUCGUCCUCCGAAGCCCAGAAUCAACAAGAGCGAGACAAGACAUUCCGAACUCUCCAACAAGCCUGAUUGUACUGCUGAGGUGUCUCUAGCUGAAAAGAGACUUGACGUUUCAAGAAGUCGGUGAGAAAGGGCAUUCCGGCUGUUCGUUUCGAGGUGAAUGGUGGACAUUUGGUGGGCCACAAUCUGCUGCAGGGGUUGAGGGGCUGGCCCCCGCUGGUGGCCUCUUGUCGGUCGUCAGUGAAAGCUUUCGGUGCUCUGGCUAUCUGGCCAAUGAAACGGCGAUGGCGCUGGGUUUCUGCAUCCUGGGGUUGUCGGGACACUUGCCUGCUUUCUUGCCGCUUCCAUCAUUGCGCCGGAAUCCAGAACUUUUUUGUUGUUCAACUGAAGCUUCUUUUUCUCCCGUCCCAUUGCUUCCUGACCACUGAACUUCAGGUCCCGUCGCGUGCCCUUCCAGACCCGGCCUUCCGGCGCCCUACCAACCGAGUUUUCCUUCUGAACAUUUCUACCCAACUGCCCGGUACGGUACCAGCUACUCCGUAGUGUAAGACACUCAGCCUCAAUUGCGCUGGAGACGCACACCACACCUCCUUGGCUACGUUCCCCCUGCAUCCAGCAUUUCUGGGGGCCGACUCUCGAAACUGGCUUUACGAGUUCACGACCAGCACAGCACUUCGAAUCUUUGUUUACUCUUUGACUUUUUCUUCCCGGGCGAGCCGUUGGCCUCUAAUUCUACACCCGUUCCAAGUACACGCCACCGCCGAGCGCAAUCGGUCGUCUUUCGCAAAGAUGCCCGGUUUCGCAGACUCGUUCUGGUCGAAUGACUACGCCGCAGGACUGGGUGUCCUGUUCGGCAAGCUUCAACAAGGUGUCGUCGAGAACCGCCAGCUUCUAACCAUUGCUCGAAUGCGCGCCGAGGCCGAAGAGAUCUACGGAAACAAGCUAUCCGACAUCGCCCCAACCGUCGACAAGGUCCAGGGAGGGUUCAACCGCGACGAUGGCGCCAGCGUGCGAAAGGCCUAUGAAGGUGUGCGGACCGAGAUGGAGGAAGCGGCCAAGAAUCACAAGAAGAUUGCACAGAAUAUUCGCGACCUGGUUGUGAACCCUUUUGGCCGCUGGUGCGAGGCUCACGAAUCCCGGAUACAAGAUUCGCAAGAUGAGCUGCAGUCUCGAAUCAAGGCGCACGACAAGCAGGCCGACCUUUGCAAAAAGCUCCGAAGCACCUAUUUCAACAAGUGCCGACUACUCGAAGACUUGGAGGAGGAGAAUAAGCUGGCGUUCCAAGACCCCGAAACAAGCCCCAAAACUGGCCAAGAUAUCCCUGAAAUCAAGGUCGAACCCGAGAUUGCCGAGGAGGAGGAGCCCUACGAGAUCGGCGACGAGACUUAUACCCCCGACCAAGUCAAGAAGAUCCUCGAGCACAUGCUGAAUACGAUCAAGAUGGGCGAGACCAAGGUCCCCAUUCUCGGCACAUAUCAAAACACGUCUGCGGGAACCGAUAUUGUCGAGUAUCUUCAACGGCACAUGGGAAGCUCAAGCGUGAGCUAUGCCGAGAGAAUCGGCCAGGAUUUGGUAACGCACGGCUUCCUGAGACUGGUUGGUAAUGUUGGCAACACGUUCGCCAAUAGCUCAAAGAUGCACUACCAAUGGCGGCCCAAGGCUUUCGAGAUGUCUGGUGUGCCAGAAAAGAAGUCGAUUUCAAGAGCCUUCUCCAUGCCCACCUCUGGGUCUGAUGGUUCUGACUCGCCUGUGGUUGGCACUGUUACUGAAUAUCUCGCCAAGUGGGAUGUGCUCAACACUUCCAGGCCGAACGAGACGCCAGCUGAGCGUAUGCGCCGGGAGGCCCGGGAGGCGGACGAAAAGUACAAGGCCAGUGUUCUGAAGCUGGAUGAAAUGAGGUGCGAGCUGGAGGAGGCCAUCUUCCUACAUCUCAAGUUUCUUGAGCGCUGCGAACUGGAUAGGCUCAAGGCCAUCAAGACAGUUGUGUUGGACUUCUCGGGCACUAUCAGCAACGUUAUUCCUAGCCUCCAGGCCACCGUGGAUAACAUGAUGCUGUUCCAGGAAACAGUGCAGCCGCUUGGCGACUUGCGCUAUCUCUUGGAGAACUACCGCACCGGUAGCUUUGCUCCCAAGGUUGUAACGUACGAGAACUACUACAACAAGGUGGAUGACCAGACCUUUGGUGUGGAUCUCGAGGCCCGAGCCAGGGCUGACAGAAAGCGUGUGCCUAUUAUCGUUACAACGCUGCUUACCUACUUGGAUCAUCACUAUCCAGACCUCGAGGGCGAUGAGGCCCGGAGAGGGGUGUGGCUCCACGAGGUUCCCUUGUCUCAAACGCACAAGUUGAGAGCUUUGGUCAACAAUGGCAAGCCGCCUGCGUUGGAAACCUUUGCCGAUUUUGACAUCCCGACUGUUGCCAGCCUGUUGAAAUUAUACCUUCUUGAGCUUCCAGAUUCUUUGGUUUCUUCGCACGUAUAUGAAAUUAUUAGAACCAUCUAUACUACCCCCACCGGCAACGACAGCGAUGCCGCCCGCGUGCCCAUCCUCCAGCAGACACUGUCUCAAUUGAGGCUCACUAAUAUUGCCACACUGGAUGCCUGCAUGAACCACUUCACCCGCCUGAUCGACCUGACCUCUGCCGAUGAGGAGUACAUCGUCAAGCUCGCUACUUCCUUGGCCCCUUGCGUGCUUCGCCCUCGCACCGAAACCUCGCUUACCAUGGAGGAGAAGCAUGCCUACCGCUUGGUCCGUGACUUGUUUGCCCAUAAGGACGCCAUCUUCAACGAACUCAAGCGUCUCUCUACCAAUAACGCGUCUGGAUCCCUCCGCGCCAACCCAGGUGGCCGCCCACGAGCCAUCUCCACCGACGAAAGCAACCGCAAAGCCCACAUGGAGGAGCGCAACCGUGUGCUCCUUGAAAAGGCACAGGGCAGCAGAUCUCGUGCUACCUCUCCGGCUCCUGGCCCACGUGGCCAUGCCCGUGAUAAGUCGGUGGGCAGACCAGAGACUCGCUUCCCCAUCUCGACUGGUCUUUCCAGCCCAACACAGGCUCACAGGAAACGGCAGAGCAUGGGCCCUGUGCUCCCCAAGAGGACAAGCCUCGAGGUGCCGGACGAUGCGAGCAUGGGGCUUAGCCACCCCGCUGAUGGUAACUUUUUAGGGGGUGCCCUCCCCAUUGUGCCUCAGGUGCAGCAGGUAGCGCAGCAGGAUAGCGAGGCCGUGUUGGAGAAGAGGAACAGCCUCGGGAGAAGCGGUGCCCGGUUCUCCUCGGGGAGGAGGGUAACGCCUGCUUCGAACAGGACCGAGACGCCACCUCCGAGCAGCAAUGAGAAUAUUAACAAGAGAGAGAGCAGUGGAAGUAAUGGGGCGCAGAGGGGCGUUGCGUUGGUGGAUGCGCCGAUGGAUUAUUAA